AUGAGCAUCCAGAACUUGGCCAGCUACGAUCCUUUUGCGGACCUUGGUGAUGAACAGAUUGUGACUGAGGAAGUCCCAGAGGAGAAGAAGAAGGCCGCUCAGGUGCACAACUACGUCCACAUUCGUAUCCAGCAGAGGAAUGGUCGUAAGACGCUGACGACGUUGCAGGGUCUGCCGAAGGAGUACGACGCGAAGAAGCUGCUGAAGGCCUUCAAGAAGGAAUUCGCUUGCAACGGCACGCUGGUAGAUGAUGAAGAGCUGGGUCAGGUUAUUCAGCUCCAGGGUGACCAGCGCCAGAAAAUCUCGAUGUUCUUGAUCGAGGAGGGUAUUCCCAAGUCCGAUGUUAAGGUGCACGGUUUCUAA